AACGACUGUGUAGAAAAUACAUAGAUUAGAUCUAUAUGAAUGUUUAUUGUAUUUUCUACACUGGCAUAACUGCGUACGGAUGUCAAAGUACCUAGAAUAACCUAGAAACCUAGGCUCAGAGGUCUAAAUCUUGAUCUAUCCAAGACCGAGACGCUAUGGCCACAAUAGAUCUGUUUUCCAGAGACGAAGCCUUUAACUUUUUGAAAGACAAUCUUAACGUGAAAGAUGUAGAGCAGAGGCUGUCAAUGGACAGGAAGAACCUGUUGGAUGAUAUUGCCACUAACAUGCAGACACACUUGGUUUUUAACAACAUGCGAUUGUUAAGUCUGCCACAAGAGUUGAGGCAGCGACCUAGUUUUGAUGAAAUCAAAUCAGAUUUGAAGAGUGGUAUUGGUGGACUGUGUUAUAACCUCAACAUUGCAGCCUACUACUUAAUAAAGGCUAUCGGAUUUGAUGCAGCACUGGCUCAUGGGACAUGUACAUCCAGCACCAAAUUCCAUGACAAUCAUGUUUUCGUUUACAUUAGGAAUGUGGAAAAAAAUGGAGAUGUAUUUUUAUUGGAGGCUGGCUUUGGAUUCCCAACAUUUCGAGUUAUAAAUUUGGACUUUGAAAAGGAAUCUCCUAUUUAUAUAGAUUCUUUCAUUGAAUACAAGUAUAUUAAGCAUGAAGGUCAAAUACUACGAAUGCAUCGGAAGGGAGAGCUGGUUAGAGGAGCCACUUGUAACACAUCUGAUGGGGUGAACUUUUUUCUUGAUGGGUGGCGACGGUUUUAUUUUGCUGACCCUGAACGGUUCACUAACAAUAUAGAAGAGUUUUAUGCACCAUUUGAUCAGGUUUUUCAGAAUCCAAAAGCUUCACCAUUCCACUUAACUUUUCGAGCUGUUGGUUUCCCUGGAAAAAAGGCUGUGAUGGUUAUUAAUGACAAAACUUUAAUAGAGAAUGACCAAGGAGAACUAGUGUCUACACCAAUACAAGGAGGGGAUGAAGGUACACUGCAAGCUGUCCACAAAUAUUUUCCAGUCAUUCCACAAGAACUCAGCCGAGCAGCUUUAGCCAAUUGGAGGGCAUCAUUAACAUCCUAAGUAGCAUGUUUUAUUAAAAUCUUUGUUUUUCUAUGUCCUUUUAUUUAUAGCCUAACCAGGAAUCAUGAAAUAUGAUUUAUUUUUAAAUUCCAUAAUUGAUACCAAAUUGUACAUUAAGUUAAAAUAGACAGGCAGAUCAGAGAAAUUAAUCUAACCAAAAUGUUUUAGAUUUGGUUUGCUAAUGUCUUGAGUCUAUGGAGUAUCACAAUGUACUGCUUAGUGUUUGUAACCCAUUAUAAUGUGAUGCAGGAAGAUACUAGUACUCUGGCAAUGAAAUGACUUCAACUUCAAUAAGCUUAAACACAAUGUACAUAAUCUGCAUAAACAUAUUUAUAGUGCGACCAAAAUUUCCAAUGCUAUAUUAUGCAGAUGUGCACAGCAUGCACCAUAUAUAUAUAAAUGUGUAGGUCCUUAGGCUCAGUUAUUACAAUAGUAUACUUUAAUUCUCCAAUGAAUUGCUAUAUGAGCAAGGAAGCCAUACAGUACAAACAUUAAAAUGAUAACAAAGGUUACAGCACAUUAAACUUGGAUAAGAAACAAACAACGUAUAAGUUGAAGGUUAGAGUUAUUUGCUACAUCCUCCAUUUCUUUGCCACGCUUGUUGUAGUAUAAUUAGCCUAGGGAGGGUGUGCGUGCAUUAAAGUCAACAGCUAUUAUUAUUAUUGUCCUUGUGUAGUGUGGUAGUUUUAUGUCUAUUUCUGCUGUUGAAGAUGGUGGGCAGCAGAAGUUUUUGAUAGUGUAUUUGGUUCCUCCUCUCCAAAGAAGUAUUUCUUGCAUGUCGAUAUCUGUAUUGUUCUGUGCGUGUUUUACUGUUGCUUGUGUCUCAUUUCUAAUGAGGUUCAUAAUGCAAAGGCAUCUGUACUGUGAUAUUUAAAAAAACAAUAUCUAACACAUCAUCAUCACACUUUUUAAACACUCAAUAUCAUCAUUAUUUCAAGUUACCUAAAGCAUUAUUGCAUUGAAGUGGCAGCGAAAUUAAUUGUAUCUAAACUAGCCUUAUAUCUUGAGCGCAAGUAUGUUAUUGAGAAUCGGACAUGUAUAAAACCUUUUUUUUUGUGUGCCUUUAAACAUGUUUAUAUUUUUAAUGCUUAAAUUUUCAGUUCAUUUGAUUGGACACUGUCUGCCUUCUAUGUGCUCUUCUUUUUUUUUUUACUCUCUGCUGAUGCUUUACUUGAUCUUCUAAUGAAACUGAAUACAUUGCUAAAUGACUGGUUGGAAAUGUCACUUUUAAUAGAAAUCUGAUGGACUUGUUUAAAUGCAGUCUGCCUUACUACCCAGUAUUUUAUUCUUACUCAAAAUGCUUUUUUUUUUUUGUUAUAUGACAUGAUCAAAUGAUAGUGUAAUAAAUUUGAGGGAGGCAGCUCUAUAUAGGUUAGCAGAUAAAGAUGAUGGAUGUUUAUUUUAGCAAGCACAAACAGUGUCCGUCAGCCUUAGGAUCUAUCACUUCAUUUGAUGGUCUUUCCUGCUUGUCUACUUUACACCCCCUCCCCUUUUCCCAUACAAUACCAACAACACAGUUUUCACUGUUACUCCACUCCCAUGAUGAAAACCUUUGAACAUGCCAGUUAUUGUUCUAAAACUGGGAUUAAACUUGAAACCAUUUAUUUAUAAGGGGGAAAUGUUGAGUCUCUUAUGUCACUACCCUAUUCCUCUAUUUGUCUCUACUCUAAAACUUGUCAGAAUUUUCUCAUCCUAGCUACUCUUUUGGUUUUGAUGUUUCUGCUCAUAAAUAAAACUAUUUCUCACUUCUACUAAACUGUUAACUGUGGUGGCAAGUUGUGGCCUUCAACACAAACGUGACAGUGAUGAUUAUUGUUACUUUCUCAACAAUAUGUAUUAACCUGGGGAUGUCUGCAUGAUUCCCACAUGCAUCCUUGAGUUUAACAAGAACUGUAUGUGUGGAGCUUCCGAGGAAGAAUGCAAGUGCCAGGGAAACUACCAAUCUAGUAUUUCUUUUUGAUGUUUCCCUUUCUGACACAGUUAAAGCAUGUUUUGUUAUUGCUACUGUAUCUGAAGUCACAAUUGUGAUGCAGCUAGUUGAUGUUAAUCCCUUUUUAUCAGUUGUAGGAUUAGGAAGACUAUCUUUCAACAAAUUGAGAUUUGUGAUCUCUUUUUCUGACUUUUCUUUUAGAAAUGUAAACGUGGCUCAGAUACUGGGUCCUGCAUAGUUGUUUUUUACAAAUAGGAGAAGUGGCAAAUUUGAGUGACCAGUAAGCUUUAGGUAGGAGGGGCUUUUUGAUUCUAAAGCGUCGCCUAGAGAGUUCUUGUUUUUUAACUAUCUGUCACGUCACUUGUCACUAAGUAAAACUUUCCCCUUAUUCCCGAAACAAAUAACCAAAUCCUAAGUUUCUAGUAUUGGAGAAUCAUUUUCUUUAGUUCCCUCAUUGAUUAAUACCAUUAAACAUUCAUCUACUUGAUUUUCAUUUUCUUCAGUUUCUGUACCUAAGUUUUGAGUUUGAUGAGUUUGAUUUUCAUUGUUUACUUCUGUAUCUAAAUUUUGAAAUUGAUCUUCAUUUCUCUCAUUGUAUAAUUUCAAAUUAUUUAUAUGAUAAGUUUUUAUUUUCCCAUUCAAAUUAAUCUUAUAAUUUACUUCACUUGUUUUGUUUGUAACAAUAAAUGGACCUUUCCGCUGUUUUCCUAAUUUGUUUUUUCAAUCAAUAACCAAAAGUAAUACCUUAUCUCCUACUUGUAAUGUUCUUAAUUUUCUUUUUUUUUCAUUUAAGUUCUUAUGUACUGUUUGUUUGUAUUUCAUGUUAUUCUCAUAAGCUUCUGUCCAUAUUUGUUUUAAAUCUAAUACUGUUUCAUCAUCAUUUUCCUUUUCUACUUUGUUUGAGAUCAAGCUUUCUUUAAAAAUGUGUAUUUCAUUACAAGGUUUCCUCCCAUGGACUAACUCAAAUGGUGAGAAUUGAGUUGCCUCAUGAAUAUUAUUUCUAAGAGAAAAUAGAACAAAAUUAAUAUAUUGAUCCCAGUUUUUCUGAUUAUUUUCUAUAAUUUCAGCUAAGGAUCUUGUUAUAACCCCGUUUAGGCGUUCACAAAGCCGGUUGGCUUCUGGGUGAAAUGGCGAAGAUCUAAUGUGUUCUAUACCUUUAAUGUCCAUCUUUUAAAUAACUCAGAUGUAAACAUAGAAGCAUUGUCUGAUUGUAAUGUUUUUGGUAUCCCAUGUCUGUCUAUGAACUUUAGAUCUAAAGCAUUAAUAAUAUUUUCUGUGUCUAUAUUUGAUAAUGCCACUGCUUCAGGAUAUCUACUAAACAUGUCUACUAUAGUCAAUAUGUACCUAUUAUUGUGCUCAGUUUUAGUUAAAGGUCCUAUGAUGUCUAUUGCUAUCUUUUGAAAUGGUUUAUUUGGUUCAUCCAUUGACUGUAAUGGAGCUUUACCUAGUUUACCCUUAAGCCCUCUUCUUUGACACAUAUCACAUGAUCUUAUGUAUUUAGAUAUAGUUACUUUCAUUUUAAGCCAAAACACUUGUGUUGCUAAAUUUCUAAAACAUUUCUUUAUACCCUUAUGUGCACUAAAACUACUAUCAUGUGACAAAAUCAUGACAUCCUUCCAGUACUUUUGUGGUAAGACUAAUUGUUUUAUUUCUCUACCAUUUAUUUUUGUCUUCCUAAACAGUAUUCCUUCUUCUAUGACAAAACUCUCAACUCUCCUUCUGUCAGUAACUCUAUCAUAUAUUUUCCCAAUGAUGUUAUCCUGUCUUUGCUCUUGGGCCAAUUUAUUGAUUCCUAUUAAUUCUUCUGUUUUUAUUUCUUUACUUCCAUCUUUCUGUUGUCCUGCUUGUCAGGUUUAGGAAUUAUUUGUGUUGUUGAAUAGCUGUACACAACUAAGGUCCUGAGGUUCAACCUGACAAGAACAUCAUUCACACACAGUCGUACAUAGAGUAACCAACUAUGUGGAUAGUUUAAAUAGCAAAAAGAAAUAAUUUAAUUGUAAGAUACUGAUAUAUGUAUCUGUACAAUGAGAGUGAUAAAAUGAUGAAUAGAUAAUAUAUAUAUAACAUAUAUAGAUAGAUAUUAUUCAAUAAUUCACAUAAGCACCUUGCUACCACUUGUCACCAUGAUUUCAUAGUCAACCAGAUGCUGACCGACUGACGUCACAAUACUGCCAACAUCGGCAAUAAUAAAGUUAGACCUCAGCUGAUCCCAACUGAUACCAACUUAUGUGUAACGGCUCUGACACUCAACGCCAUCGCCAAUAUGACAAUGGCACUCAAGACUGUACAAUAUAUUUUGGAGACGACAAGCGACGCCCACACUGGCAUAGAAUCGAGCUCAUUACAUACAACUCCAACUUGGCAAUCUAUAAUGAAAUAACACACAAUUCAACCUCUAUUCCAAAACUAGAAACAGCGACAACCUUAUAUAACAUACAAUAAGAGAUAUCACCACGAAGUAACUCACCCUAAAACAGGGGUCCCAAAAAAUCCUACAGAAUAAUAUAAGUCCAAGAAACUAGUACAGACUAAUAAUCUUUUAUGGACUAACACAUCGUCCGUUUCAACCAAAUUCAGAGGGUGAACUGGCUCAGGACAACGAAUGACCAAUAAUUGUCACCGGACUUUGUGACGUAGCAAAAACAAUUCAAAACAAAAAUACAAGUAAUACGAGUAGAGGAAAUAAAACAGAGUUGGGACAAAGCAAAAGACACUUCUCUAAACUAAGCGACACUGCUUGUGUUUCAUCUUGUUCUUGACUUUGUAUUUCAACUUCCUUUAUUUCUUCUUCCUUCUCAUUGUCUUCUUUACCAUUAACUGUUUCCUCAUUUAUAUCAAGAGAUUCCUGUGUUUCUUCUUUUGGCUUGUCCUUAGACCUGGUUAUUACCAUAUUGCUUAUGUCAUUUUCUGUUUCUGCCUUAGUAUUUUGCUUUAGUCUUUCCUAUUUCUUUUCCCAUGCUUCAUCUUCUUGUCUUGAGCAUUCCUUCAAUCCUGUUAAAUUUCCAAUUAGCAUAUCAUGUCUCACGUUGGGCAUGGCUACUCCCUCACAAUGACCAGUGUAAAAAGGUGUCCCAAUGAACACUUUAAAUACUUCAAAUUCCUUUACACUGCCAUCGGCUAACUCCACUUUCCUGGUGUAACCUUUAUAAUACUGAGGCUCAUUAAGAUCAGCACGAACUACCAGUGUAUUACAACCACUAUCUUGGAUUGCUUUAAUCGGCACAUUGUUUAUAAAAGCUGGGUAGAAGGCGAAAUUGUUUUUGUUUUUCCUAACAAAAAAUAGUCUGUCAGAAUCUCUAUCUUUAUCUUCCCUGCUUUUACUCCUAUUGUAUGUGUUAUUAUUGUAAUUGUUGUUGUAAUUGUUGUACCUAUUUCUACUGUCUGCUCUGUAAUUAUUUCUACUAUCUGAUGUGUACUACUUGAUCUGUUAUAAUUAUUCCUACUGUUUGACCUGUUUUGUGUUCUCCUGCAUCUCAUAGCCAUAUGUCCUUUUUUCCCACAUCUAUAACAUGUUACAUCCCUGUUGUUUGACCUAUCUCUAUUAUUGCUAUAGCUAAAAUGUUGGCGAUCCCUACUUCUACUCCUACUUCUUUCAUUGUUUUCCUGAGUGUUCCCCACUAAAUCAAUAUUCUUUUUAUCUCUACAUCAAAAAGGAUUGCUAGGGUAGGCAUUUUUAUAGGUUCUUAUUAUCUCAGUAAUAUCAUCUAAAACUUUGGGGUUUCUUUUUUUUAUAAAUGAUUGUAAUUGAGGUUCACAUUUAGCUAUAUCAACCAAUAUGAAAUUUUUUAAUCCUUCAAAAGUACUGUCAAUCUUUUCAAAUCCUAACCAUUUAUUAAAAUAGUCUUUUUCCAUAUUAAUUGUGGUUUGAGGUUCUGUUUGGUUGGAGGGUGUGUUAUCAAAAUAUUUUUUUCUAAAUGUGCUGGCAUU